AUGGAGAUCCAAUUGCCUGAAGUGCCAUUGUUGAGAAUCUUCUCCCUCCUGGAUGGACUCAGCUUGCUGCGGGUUUGCCAAGUGAACAAGUACUGGAAUAAGGUUGCAAAUAGUGAUCACCUGUGGAGAAACCUGUGUCUGAAGAGAUGGAGCUUCCCCUAUCAGUGCCUGGGCAUGGUGACGUGGAAGCAGUUCUUCCUCACCCAAACAAAGCGAGAGCGUCGGAUGGCGUGUGCACGGCCAGAGGACUUUGUCUACAAGGAAGCAACUGGCAACCUUGGAAUCUUGGGACCUAUGGCUUAUCUCUCAGGAGGUGGCUUCCCGAUGAGUGGACAAGAGAAGUCACUCAUUUGCACAGUGUCUUCAAAGCGCAUGCUUUUUGUCUGGGAUGUGCAGGAGGGCACCAUGAUCUGGUCAAGCCCGGUCCAGCAAUCUAGCAUCAAGUAUCUGGUGACCCUCCCGCAGAUGUACCUUGCAUUCACAGUGGAUGUACAGAACACUAUCAAAGUGUGGAAUUGUCAGCAUGUGGACGCUCUGGCUACGCUCACCAUGCCUCGGGCCUGUUUUUCCUUUGAAGCCAUUCUGACAAGUGAUGGCCCCUUCCUGAUGGUAGGCAAUUCUGAAGGUGACAUCUUCACGUUGACAGUGCCUGAGUUAAGGAACGUUUCUAAAGUUAAUGCAUUUAACUACAGUGUUGAUCUUCUACGCUGCUCUCCUGACAAGAAAUGGAUCUUUGCUGGUGGGAUACAUCAACAUAUCGUGCCAAGGGUACUUGUCACCGAGUGCUUACUGAGACCAUCAGCAGACAGAGCCCCUCUGUCUGUUUCUCUCCCGUUUCCAUUUUGCUGCGGAGCCUGCUGGGCCCCGAGGAGGGCAAACAGGAUAACGCUGAUGUUCCGAAGAGCUUCUUUCAAAAAGACAGGGUUUGCUACCUUUGAUCUAACAACUGAGUGGACUCAGGAUGGAACAAUCAUCCAAGCCAAUCAGAUCGCAAGUUUCCUGUUGCCGAUUAAUAUGGAGAGUCCUAUUUGUAUGGGAGUCGGUGAUGGGAAUGUGAUUGUCUUUGAGAGUGGGCCACAUCUGUUUCUCUUCACCAUCAAUGGCUUCCUGCUGCAACAAUUUCAAGACCAUCAGCUGACCAUCUGCAACCUAUGGGUGGAUUAUCUCCGUGUCCUCACCACCUCCAUGGAUAACUAUCUGCAUUUGUACACGUGGGAAGAGGAAGGUCGUUAUCCACACCUCAAGAGCUGUUGUCACCUGGAACACAGAAGGGACGAUCAUGCACCAAGCUGUUAUUACUCCAAAGCAAUAUGUGAUAACACCAGCAUAGUAUGUGUGGUGUCAAGAAAUCGUGAAUCCAGCGUUCUGGUGAUGUAUUCUUUGAAUAUGUGA